AUGCCAACAUCCAUGAUGCCAGCGCAUCUUUGCUACCAGAGCAUCCAAUUUGCAAAGCAUCCAGACCCCAACCGCCGCGCAAUCAUGAUUGCAAUCAUGAUAGGGUCCAUGCAAGUAGGGAAUCGCAUGCUACCAGCGCAUCCAUGCGCAGUUUCUAUGCAACCAGAGCCGCUGCAGAAUAGCGAGCCGUCAUCACUCAUCACAACAUUCGCCGGCGACCUCGUGUGGAGGUUCCAGCUCGCCUGCGAGCUCUGGGCUGGGCGAUUAAGGAGGAACAACGCCUCCUAUCGGCUAGAUUAG